AUGGCGACCGGAACUGUUGAACAUUCGGCGCCAACUGAGGUACAGGGCAGCUCUCCCACUUCCAAAAGCCAUAGUAUGCGCUCCACCGAUAUCCACGAGAAGGAGAAGCACCUCAUCCAGUCCAUCCGUCGGUCUCCGCAACGAUCCUCGAACCCCUUCCUCAUCAACGAGCGCCGGGACGAUAAACAGCUAUAUAUCUCCUCGAGGAGCUUACAUGUGAAUGAUUUUGUCUUGAUCAAGACGCUCGGAACCGGUACUUUCGCCCGAGUAUGGCUCACGCGACUAAAGGAGGAGACCGACAAGAACAAAGUAUACGCGCUGAAGAUCCUGCGCAAGGCCGACGUGAUCAAGCUAAAGCAGGUCGAACAUGUACGCAAUGAACGCAAGACCCUCACGGCCGUUAUCGGACAUCCCUUCAUUACAACCCUAGUCGCAUCCUUCUCGGACGAACAGAAUCUCUAUAUGUUGUUGGACUUUUGCCCUGGGGGUGAGAUCUUCACGUAUCUCCGACGAGCACGACGUUUCAACGAGGAAACCUCGAGGUUUUACGCGGCGGAAAUUACAAUGACCAUUGAAUAUUUACACGAUGUCCAAGGAGUGGCCUAUCGCGACCUCAAGCCGGAGAACAUCCUCCUCGACGCCGACGGUCAUAUCAAACUCGUCGAUUUUGGAUUCGCAAAGCAGGUUGACAAUCGUGAGACCUACACACUCUGCGGUACUCCCGAAUACCUAGCUCCAGAAGUUAUUCAUAACAGCGGUCACGGUCUCGCUGUCGAUUGGUGGGCCCUUGGGAUUCUGAUCUAUGAAUUCCUUGUUGGACAGCCUCCAUUCUGGGAUCAAAAUCCCAUGCGUAUAUAUGAGCAAAUCGUUGAAGGAAGAAUACGCUUCCCGCCAAAUAUGCCCGCCGCAGCGCAGAACAUUGUCUCCUUGCUCUGCAAAACCAACCCCUCGGAACGUUUGGGCCAUAUUUCCGGCGGCUCAACUCGGGUCAAGUCUCACCCGUUCUUCCAAGAUGUGGCUUGGGAUGAUCUCUUUUAUCGACGCGUCAAAGGCCCGAUCCUUCCCCGAGUAUCACAUCCGGCGGACACCGGAAACUUUGAGGAAUACCCGGACUCCGACAACCGAAACCAGAAUCUCUAUACUGAUGACCUGAAAAAGAAAUAUGAGCCUCUUUUCAGUGAUUUCUGA